GAGACGGUAAACGAGUUGUGAGGAUGAAGAUUAAGCGUUUUAUAGGAGGUUUUCUGGCGAUUUUUGUGCUCGGGAAUUUGUGUGGAUCUGUUCAGACCUAUCAGGACGCGAAACAUCCGCGCGCCGAUGAGAAAGUAAUCAAUCUUCUUGAGGCUCUCAACGCCACUCACUCAGACAAAGUUGCUUCCAAGGUCAAAGGUCGUGACCCAGGGACCCAUGCCUGGCGUUUUCGCUCCAGCACGCCUCAUCUCAUGCUACCACAUGACUUAGUGCAACACCUCCGUAAUACCUCGCAAGGUGUGCUGGGUUUGCACCUGGUGGGCCGACAGAAGAAUAACUCAGAUGCCACCCUUAUCUCCCUCACCUCACCUGUCUUCUUGAAGAAAGAUGGACGCCCGCUGCUGAAGCUCAUCUCCAACACCCGAAAAGACUGGCUCCUGAUGCAGUUCAGGUUAGCAGAAGGCUUCCGACCCGAGCUGAUGAAGUUUCCGGGCGGAAGCCCGUUUGCAGAUGGUGGCUGGGUGAGAAUGGCUUUGAAUGUGGAGCCCAGGCAGUUGGUGCUGUUUGUUGAAUGCCAGGAGGCUGUGGUGCUCAAAUUGAAAAAAGGUGCUGGGCUUCUGUCGCUGGACCUCCCAGAUGAUCUGCAGGUCACGUUUUCCAGCACCGCAGGAAGCAAGGCCCACAAAUUCAACGGUCUUUGGCAGACAGCUGAACUCUCCACAAGAGCUUACGAGAGACGUCCGUGGUUCUGUGACAAUGUAACAGACCUUAUGCAAGACCCGGCUCAGCUCACGGACCUCGCUAUAUCACAAGUUUCAGAUGUGAUGAAUGACCAGGGACAUCAUGAAGGUGGAGCAGAAUUAAGUUACCCCCCAGAGACACCCAAUGACUCAGUCAAGCCUUAUGGUCAACUGGAUUCCCAUUUGCAUAGCAUUAACACCAUGUUGGACAUGCUAAAGAAGCAGAACGCUAACCUCCAGGCGCGGGUUGAGUACCUGGAGUCGUGUGAAUGCGUGAAACGUAAGUGCGUGUGGGAAGGACGUCAGAUGGACGAGGGGUCUCGUUGGUCUCCCGACAGUAGCACUGUGUGUUUAUGCACCAAUGGGAAAGUUCAGUGUGAACGCAUGAAUGAAUGCAGCUUUCAUGGUAAUAUCUACAAUAGUGGUGAUGUCUUCAGUCCAGACGAUUGCUCCAAGUGUACGUGUGAGAACGGACGAGUGGAGUGUGAUGUGAUCACAUGCCCAGCGUCUUGCGCUGAUAUAUCUGUUCCUCGUGAAUCAUGUUGCCCUAACUGCCUAACAAGAUGUGAGUAUGAAGGUGAGAGCUAUAGGAACGGAGAUGUGUUUGUGCCCCGGUCAAACCCCUGUCUGAAAUGCUCCUGCACUGGUGGGCAUGUAGUGUGUGACCAUGAGCCCUGUCCAAUACUUCCCUGUAAUCUGGUGGAGACUGUAGGUGGAGAGUGUUGCCCCAGGUGUCGAAGUUGUUCCCAUAACAAUGCGUGGCACCUGCAUGGCACACAGUGGCAGGACCCAAAUGACCACUGUAGAACCUGUACAUGCACGGAGGGUGAGGUUUUCUGUAACAGUGAAAGUUGUCGGGUGUCAUGUAGAAACCCUGCCUCUCCUCGCCCUGGAACCUGUUGUCCAGUCUGUGAUGGUUGUAAUGUGAAUGGAGUGGACAUCCCGAAUGGUCAAAGACUGCCAUCAGGACCCCAGUGUGAAGGUGAUUGCUGGUGUGAGAAUGGGAAUAUCCGCUGCAUCAAACAACCCUGCCCACCCACAUCCUGUCAUAAUCCAGUCCAGAGACCUGGAGAAUGUUGUCCACGGUGUGAAGAGUGCAGACAUGAGGGUCAGAUGUACCUAGAAGGUGAAUCAUUCGUAUCCAGACAGGAUCCAUGCAUAACUUGUCGGUGUUUGGGUGGACAGGUGAUAUGUGGCUCCAGAGAAUGUCAGGCUCCACAAUGCACGCACCCGGCAAAAUCACGUGACCAGUGCUGCCCUUCCUGUGACAUGUGCGAAUAUGAAGGAAGGAUUUACGAAGAUGGAAGAGAGUUCAGGCCGCCUGGUGAUGGACCCUGUUUCCAGUGUACAUGCAAGGGAGGAAACGUGAGAUGCCAUCAAGAAAGAUGUCCUACCUUGACUUGUGAAAACCCUGUGCCGCCCAGUCCUAAUUCCUGCUGCCCGGUGUGUAGAGGAUGUGAUUGGAAUGGUGUUCAGUAUGAAGAAGGAGCGUCAUGGAGUGAUGGAGGAAGAAAUUGUUAUUGUUCAGGGGGUCAUGUGACGUGCAACAGUGAAACAAACUGUGGACCAGCUCCUUUGCCCCAACCGUGCCCAGACCCCAACAGACCAACAGAGUGCUGUGGGGAUUCUUGUGGCCGAUGCCAAUAUAAGCAGCGCAUCUAUGAAAACGGUCAGACAUUUACUGAUCCAGAGGAUCCUUGUGCACAAUGCACCUGUCAGCAAGGCCAGGUACGUUGUGCUGUGGCUGAAUGUAGAGCUCCUCCAUGUUCAAAUCCAUACACACCUCCGGGAGAGUGCUGUCCCCGCUGUCCAGUGUGUGAGUGGAAUGGUGUUCAGUAUAAUGAAGGAGCGUCAUGGAAUGAUGGAGGAACAAGUUGUUAUUGUGCAGGGGGUCAAGUGACAUGCAAUCCUGACUCAGACUGUGGACCAGCUCCCUCACCCCCACCCUGCCAAGACAGACAAACAGGAUGUGAGUGGAAUGGUGUUCGGUAUGAAGAAGGAGCAUCAUGGAGUGAUGGAGGAAGUAGUUGUUAUUGUGCAGAGGGUCGUGUGACGUGCAACAGUGAAACAAACUGUGGACCAGAUCCCGUGCCCCAACCCUGCCCAAACACCAGAGGAUGUGAGUGGAAUGGUGUUCAGUAUGAAGAAGGAGCAUCAUGGAGUGAUGGAGGAAGAAGUUGUUAUUGUGCAGGGGGUCGUGUGACGUGCCCAGACCCCGACAGACCAACAGACGGGUGCUGUGACGGUUCUUGUAGCCAGUGCCAAUAUAAGCAGCGCAUUUAUGAAAACGGUCAGACGUUUACCGAUCCAGAGGAUCCUUGUGCACAAUGCACCUGUCAGCAAGGCCAGGUACAUUGUGCUGUGGCUGGAUGUCCAGCUCUCUCAUGUUCAAAUCCAUACACACCUCCGGGAGAGUGCUGUCCCCGCUGUCUAGGCUGUGAAUAUAAUAACCAAAUCUUUAAUAAUGGUGACAUUUUUCCGAAUCCCACAAAUCCAUGUGAGGACUGUGCUUGUACUGAUGGACGUGUGACAUGUGGAAAUCACGAGUGCCCACAACCGAACUGUAAUAAUCCUCGUCAAGGGACCUGUUGUCAAAACAAUUGCAAUGGAUGCAGUUAUGGGGGUAUUGAUUAUCCGAAUGGAAUGGAAUUUCCACAUCCGACCGAUCAAUGCAGGACCUGCCAUUGUAAUAAUGGUAAUGUCCAGUGUCUGAUGAAGAGAUGUCCACCAGUGCAGUGUGCUGAUGCAUAUGUUGAGCCGGGAGAAUGCUGCCCUCAGUGUCCAGCACCUCUUGUUGAUUGCAAUGUCGACGGACAGGUUUACAGACACAUGCAGCAAUUUUCUCAUCCCACUGACAGCUGUCAAUCAUGCUCUUGCCUCAAUGGGAUUAUGAACUGCUGGCGUAGGCCCUGCCCUUCUGCUGUUUGUUCCCACCCCAUAAUUCAAGACUGUUGUCGCACUUGUGAUGGCUGUCUAUAUGAAGGGAGGGAACAUGCUAAUGGUGCCACGUUCAGUGAUGCAUCAGAUCCCUGCACAACGUGUGUUUGUCGUGACGGGACGGUCAGGUGUGAGAGGAGGCCCUGUUUACCCGUCAACUGCCCCUUUCCUGUGCAGGGCCAAUGUUGCCCGCGAUGUGACGGUUGUCGGUAUGCCGGUGUGGAAUAUCGGAAUGGUCAGGAAUUUUCAGACUCUGCUGAUCGCUGUAGGCACUGCGUGUGCACGAAUGGUCAAGUAAAUUGCAAUAGGAGGCCGUGUCACAACCCAGGAUGUAGUCACCCGAUCACCCGGCCGGAUCAGUGCUGUCCAGUGUGUGAUGGCUGUCUGUAUCAUGAAAGAGUUUAUGUUGAUGGUGAGGCGUUUACAUCACUCACAGCAGCCUGCGAGGAAUGCAGAUGUACAAGGGGUGAUGUGCGCUGUUAUCCCAAAAACUGUCCUGAGGUACGCUGCAGUAGGCCAGUGCGUCCUUCAGGUGAAUGCUGUCCCGUGUGCACAGGGACAUGUGAAUACCAGGGACAGGUGUACGAGUCUUACUCUACGUUCAGCCCCGUCAAUGACCACUGCUCCAUCUGCACGUGCCAGAACGGGGAAGUAUCGUGUGACAGGAAUCCACAGUGCAAUGUGUGUUAUCAAAAUGGUCGGGAAUAUCUGCAGGGGCAAAAUAUGAUCCUACCCGCUAAUCCUUGCUCCAAAUGCACCUGUAUGGAUGGUGAGGUGAUCUGUGUGAAACCUCCGUGUGCUGAGUUGACCUGCAUGCACCAGAUUACCGAUCCGGGUUCCUGCUGCCCCCGUUGCAGAGGCUGUUUUUAUGAUGGUGUUGAGCACUCUGAAGGCAGCACCUGGUUUGCGUCCAGUGGACCCUGCAUGUCCUGCAUGUGUGUGGAUGGAGUGACCACCUGCUCGGAGGUCCACUGUAUCUCCACCUGUCUGAAUCAGAUCACCGUACCGGGUGAAUGCUGCCCGGUUUGUGCAGAUUGUGUCUUUGAAGGCCGUGUGUACGGUCCUGGAGAAAGUUUUCACCCAUCAGAUGACCCCUGUCAGAUCUGCACCUGUGAGGUCACGCCGAAUGGAGAGCAGCACCUGCGCUGUUAUCGGAAACAGUGUCCGAGACUAGUUGACUGUCCCAAACAUAAUAUACAGUACAGCAGCCCUGAUGCCUGCUGUCCUGUUUGUGCACAGCCUUUGAGUAACUGCACAGCUACGCUUUUGGGUAAUGAAGUGUUGGCCACAGAUGACCCAUGUUUUACCUGUCAGUGCAAGGAUUUGACAUGGACGUGUAUUCAUCGAGGUUGCCCUCCUCUCAGCUGUCCUCAGUCUGAACAGCACACCUCUCCAGACUCCUGCUGCCCCGUGUGUGACGAGUGUGUGUUAGACGGUGACAAGACCCGCGUAAGAAAUGGCUGGAGAUGGACAGACAAAGAGAACGAGUGUGUCACCUGCGUCUGCAAUCAAGGCCAUAUCGAGUGUGACCUGCAGGAGUGUCCUCCAAUCGAUUGUCCAGAUGGAUCAUUUAAGGUAAAGAACCCUGGGAAAUGUUGCCACGAGUGCGCGGAUGUCACAGCCGUGGUUUACUCCAUAGACAUCAGCGCGCAGUGUGUGUAUGAGCGACGUGUGUACAACCACAAUGAUCACUGGGAGGUGGAUGAGUGCACGCUCUGCACAUGUGUGUCUGGAGAGGUGCACUGCCAAACCCAGAGAUGCCCUGCACUGACCUGCGCCUCGGACGAAACUCCAACUCUCACUCCUGGAAUGUGUUGUCCUCACUGCAUUCCUCGUCCGGCCACCUGUAUCGUGUUUGGAGAUCCUCACUACCGGACGUUUGAUAGCAAGAUGGUGAAUUUCCAGGGCACGUGUACAUAUGUGUUAGCUCAGGACUGUCAGGGCGGAGACUUCAGUGUCCAUGUGUCUAAUGAAGACAGGGGUCGUAAGGAAGUGUCGUGGACUAAAGAGGUCACUGUGUUUAUCGGUGAUGUUGUGGUACAGCUAUUACAAGACUGGGUUGUCAAGGUUGAUUAUCAGGCCGUCUCCCUGCCGUUUCUUAAAGAGCCGUAUGUUUACCUGGAGCGAAAGACCAACACUAUUCUCCUUAACACAAAUGUCGGGCUAAAGGUGUUGUGGAACGGGCGCUCUCAUCUGGAGGUCAGUGUUCCUGGUACCUAUAAGAAGCACAUGUGUGGCCUCUGUGGCAACUUUAACAACUAUCCUCAGGACGACAUGAGACUCCGCAACGGACAGAUCGCCACGUCUGAAGCAGCAUUUGGAAACAACUGGAAGGUGGGCAGCGGAAAUCAUUCAAACCUUCAAUGUUCGGACGUGAGGAACAUUGACCCGUGUAAGGAAGCCGGUUACUCUUCCCGUAAGACGGCGAACGCUCGCUGCGCGGUCUUGAAGUCUCCCGUGUUUGAGCGCUGCCACAAGUUGGUGCCACCUGAGAUGUUCUUCGCUUCGUGUGUGUAUGACCUGUGCGCCUGUGGGUCCAACAUGGACCAAUGUUUGUGUGAGGUGCUGGAGGCUUACGCAUCCGAGUGUCGCGAGGCCGGCGUCAUUAUCCAGUGGAGAUCACCCAUGCUUUGCGCUGUCGGUUGCCCGACGGACAGAGGCUACGUGUUUGAUGAAUGCGGACCGCCGUGUCCAAAGACCUGUUUCAAUAAAGACGUCCCACUGGGUGUGAUCGAGUCUCAUUGCUUUAAACCCUGUGUGCCAGGAUGCCAGUGCCCGGCUGGUCUGGUUGAUCACAACGGCCACUGCAUCGCCCCUGAAAAAUGCCCUAAAAUUAUCCACGGUGGCCCAUGAACCGCAGCAGGUAUCCACACGGCGAGUGGAGUCCGUCCCGUGAUGCUGUUUCCAAUCGACCUUGAGAUCUGAUGAACUUAAAGUCAACCCUUGUGCAAGAUUGUUUUUGUAAUCUUUUAUCAAACUCACUCUGUCUUUGAAGUGACUCUGCUUUUGAUGUCAUUCCAAAUCCCGCUCAUUCCUUCAACCACCCAGAUCCAUUCUGGUGUUUAACACCCACUUUUCUCGCUCAUAAAUAAAUAAAUACAUCAGGUUAUAAAAGUAAAACAAGUUGCAAACAGUGUUUCAUGUUUCCUUUACAAUGCUUGAACCUAACGCACAUUAAACUUAAGUCUAUGAGAUAUCACCACUACAUAAUCCAAAUAAUGUCAAAUACAGACGAUCUUUUAAAGAAUUUAUUUUUAUUGGUGCUACUGUAAGUGUUUACGAUUUAUUGUGUAUAACUUUAAUACCGAAUUCAAUUUGAAGAGUUUCGUUGCAAAACGAUAUAAAUCCAUUUUUUAACAUUUUUGUCAAAACAUGUUUAUUAUUAUGUUAUCAUGUUAUUAUUUUGUUUUAUGGUGCUACUUAGCUGGAUUUUUUAAGUUAUGAAGGUUUAUAUCAAAACAAACCAACUGCAGUUGAAUUGAUAUUAAUUGGAAUGCACAACCAAAAAACGAGAUUUCUGAAAAAUUAAAAAAACGGAUUUAUCUCGUUUUGCAACGAAACUUUCUCUGUAAAGUCACUGAUGUCUUGAGCCCAACACUGGACAGACCACAAUUUCUUCACUAUGGACUAGCAGAGCUUCGAGCUUAAUGGAAAUAUCUGGAUAUUUUCUUGCUUACCAUUUAAAUAAUAAAUGGAGUUCGUUUUUCAAAUGAUUAAUAAAUAUUCAGGAAGUGAUUUAA